CAGUCCUCCAGAAAUGAGCGGAAACGAUCUGCCUAGCUCGGCCAACAUUCCCAUUGACCCGAAUCUCGAGAGUCUCGAAAGUUUCUCCGACCUCUCCUUGGAUGCGCAUCCUCCCGGCAUCCUGACCGACAACAGCUAUGGGUACACUCCUUCCCCCAGCAACCCCGACACUCAUUACGCGGGCCCUUCGACAGCAGUAUCGCCAUGGGCAGACCCGAAUUCGACAGCGGCUUAUCUAGCCACCACCACCAACGUCAACGCUUACACGCCCGCCGGCAGCACUCCUUCCGCGCUUGACGCCCAGUACGAAACGCAACAGCAAGAAAACAGCGACUUCUCUGACGGCGCUCUCGGGCCGCCCUUUCUUUGCCGCGAUUCCGGCUGCGAGAGGUCGUUUGAUAGGAAAUGCGAUCGCGACAAGCACAACAAGAAACACACCAAGCCCAUCGGCUGCGAGUACUGCCCCGAGGGGUACUACCAGGGCACGGCGCAAAAGCGUGACUGGCACCGCCACAUGUGGACCAACCACCCCGAAACGGCCAGAGAGCAAGACGUCCCGAAGGAGGAAGACCGGUGCCCCACGUGCGGCCAGAAGGGGCGCAAGGACAAUAUCCGCCGUCACAGGAAGAAGCUGAAGCACUGAGCGUCUUGGCAUUGCGUAGGGGAAAGGUUACGGCCUUGUUGUCGUCUUCCCUCUUUGUGGGCUUUCCUCAAAUUUUGGCUUGGUUGUUUCAGGAUAUUCUUCAUUUCCUUGUCGUGGGUUUCUGUCUUGACGUUGCUAUUGUUGCUGCCGGGGCUGCUCGACAUCUUAGUCUCCUUAGUCUCCUUUUGUCAAUCGUUUCCUUCCAUGUUGCUGCUGCCUCCCUUAUUUCUUUCCUCAUCACGGCCGUUUACGAUUUUCCUUGUCUCUGCUUUCUGGUCAUCCACGCCAAGUCUGUUAUUCUCCCACCUUUGCCUUCCCUCCCAGCACCAUCUCAUUAAUUUCCUCCGAUGCUGCUGUCGUUCUGCUUUUAGCGUUGCCAAUGGC